AUGCAUAUAGAGCGAAAAAAAGAGCUCAGCUCCUCGCAGGAAUACUGCAUACAGAACUACAAGAACAUGCAAAUUCCGUCGGCUCUUUUGGUAGAGCGGCAGACAAACGGAAAAGGCCGCUGCGGAACAAACUGGAUCUCUUCGGAGGGCUCUCUCACCUUCUCAGUUCUCAUUCUCCAGGAGAAGGGAAGAGCCAACACGGCACUUGCCACGUCAAACAUCGUCCGAAAGGCCCUGGAAAAGCACGGAAUAACCGGCCUGUGCGUGAAAUGGCCAAACGACAUAUGCAUGAAAGCGCAGAACACGGAAUACAAAGUAGGCGGAGUUGUUGUUAAUGUCGUAGAGGAUGUUCUAUCCGCUGAGGGCAUUGCUAAGUCGAUUUGCGUGAUUGGAGUUGGCCUCAACGUGCUGAAAAGCCAGGGCCAAAGCAUGCCGUAUAAAAGCGUGGAGGAGCUUUCGGGAAUUGCCGUAAACAAGGAGGAGCUGUUCAGCUGCCUUCUGCAGGAAAUAGAGCGCGAGCUAUCCGCUGACUCUGCGGGAAAUUCUGGGUACUCCUGGGAAAAGUUCUUCCCGUACAGCUACGUUAUGUUUGAAAAAAGGCCGUGCAAAAUUCUGAGAAUAGAAGACAGCCUGCACAUCGAAGACGAGGGAAAGCCCGUCGUUUUGCCCCCGGGCGGAUACUCGUACAACCAAAGGGAGAAUGCAGUGCACCGAAAGGGAGCGCUCCCUUAG